GAUGGAAAAGCUGUAGAGGAGAGACUGUAGAUAUAGAUAUUAGUAGUAGUAGCAAAGAAAGAGGAGAGAGAGGGUGGUUUUCUUGAAUUUUCUCUCUCAUAAAUUCAUAUUUCUUCAUGCCCACCAAGAAAACCCACUGAAGCAAAACAAUCAUCAUGAAACACCCUCUGCACCCAGCACUCUCAAAAAGUAUCAUCUCUCUCCAUCAAAACCUCUCUUCCCUUAAAUUUACUUCUCUUAACAUCAAGUAUCUCUCAACCAAAAUCCCCACUUCCCCAUAACCAUGAAACCUCCUUUCCUUUUCUGUUUAACAUUCUCCUUCUUCUACUUGUUCCAAACAUUCAUACCAGUCCUCUCUACUACUGCUCGGCCUCUUCAACUCCGUGCUCUUCUUUCCCUUAAAUACUCUCUUUUAGACCCUUCAGACACUUUUCGCGACUGGGAUCCUACUAAACCAUCUUCCAAUAAGCCUGGUUUUAAAGGCCCUGUUUGGUGUUCAUGGUCUGGCAUCAAAUGUGACCCAAGAACAGCUCAAAUUAUAGCGCUUGAUCUCUCUCGUCGACGUCUUUCCGGUGUGAUUCCAGAUGAAAUUCGCCACUUGAAUAGUUUGAUUCACUUAAAUUUGAGCGGAAAUGCUUUUGAUGGGCCUUUCCAAUCAAUUAUUUUUGAACUGACUGAGCUCAGGACGGUUGAUAUUAGCCACAACAGCUUUAAUUCAACCUUUCCACCUGGAAUUUCAAAGCUCAAGUUCUUAAGAAUCUUCGAUGCAUACAGCAACAAUUUCACCGGCCCGCUACCAACAGAGUUCGUCUCUCUACGCUCCUUGGAGCGGCUCAACCUCACCGGAAGCUAUUUUGAAGGAGAGAUUCCGGUAGAAUAUGGUAGUUUUUUGAGAUUGAAGUUUCUGGGCUUAGCUGGAAAUUCGUUGGAAGGGCCAGUGCCACAACAAUUAGGACUCUUGAGCCAGCUUGAGCGGAUGGAGAUUGGAUACAAUAUGUUAACAGGGAGAAUACCAGAGGAGUUCGCAUUGUUGACUAAUCUACGGUACCUGGAUAUCUCAGGUUGUUCUCUCUCCGGUAAUCUCACUCAAGAACUUGGAAAUUUAACCAAACUCGAAAUGCUGUUACUUUUCCAGAACCGGUUUACUGGUGAAAUUCCGCUGAGUUUUACAGAUUUAAAAGCUCUAAAGGUUCUUGAUUUGUCUGAUAAUCAACUCACGGGCACAAUUCCAGUGGAAUUUUCAUCUCUGAAAGAGCUAACAAGGCUUAGCUUGAUGAAAAAUCAAUUUAGCGGCGUAAUACCAGAAGGAAUUGGUGAGCUACCGAAUCUUGACACCCUAUGUCUCUGGAACAACUCUUUAACAGGAUUUCUCCCUCAAAAGCUCGGCUCCAAUGGCAAGUUACAGUGGCUAGAUGUGUCGUCCAACUCUCUCAAUGGUCCAAUUCCACCAAAUCUUUGUCAAGGAAACAAGCUAUUCAAGCUCAUACUCUUUUCCAACAAGUUUAUUGGAAGUCUUCCAGAAUCGUUAGCAAAUUGUACUUCUUUAUCCAGGUUCCGAAUGCAAGAUAAUCGACUUAACGGUUCAAUUCCAUAUGGUUUCGGGCUCUUGCGGAAUUUAACUUUCAUGGACCUAAGCAAGAACAACUUCACCGGCGAAAUCCCUCACGAUCUUGGCAAUGCUCAGCAGUUACAAUACUUGAACAUUUCCGAGAACUCGUUCAACAGUAAAUUGCCAACUAACAUAUGGAGCGCGCCGAAUUUACAAAUAUUUUCGGCUAGUUCAAGCAAUCUUACUGGCGAAAUUCCGGAUUUUAUCGGGUGCAGCAACGUGUAUAAAAUUGAAUUGCAAGAUAAUUCGUUGAGCGGCGCCAUUCCUUGGGAUAUUGGCCACUGCUUGAAGCUUCUUUGUUUGAAUUUGAGCCGCAAUUCCCUCAACGGCAUAAUUCCAUGGGAAAUAUCUACGCUUCCUGCGAUCACUGACGUCGACCUUUCUCAUAACUUUCUCACCGGCUCAAUCCCUUCAAAUUUCGACAACUGCACCACUUUAGAGAGCUUCAAUGUGUCCUUUAAUCGCUUAACGGGACCAAUUCCUGGCUCUGGAACGAUAUUUCCGAACUUGCAUCCGUCUUCGUUUUCCGGCAACGAUGGACUCUGCGGUCGCGUUUUAGCCAAACCAUGCGCAGCGGACACGUUAGCAGCCGGCGAAGUUGAGGUCCACCGUAAGCAACAGCCGAAGAAGACAGCCGGUGCAAUCGUAUGGAUCAUGGCAGCCGCUUUCGGUAUCGGGCUAUUUGUCCUCGUCGCUGGUACCAGGUGCUUCCACGCCAAUUAUAGCCGCAAAUUCAACGAGGAGCGCGAGAUCGGACCGUGGAAAUUAACCGCCUUUCAGCGCUUGAAUUUCACGGCUGACGAUGUGCUGGAGUGUCUAUCCAUGACCGAUAAGAUCAUAGGGAUGGGAUCCACAGGUACAGUGUACAAGGCUGAAAUGCCAGGUGGCGAGAUCAUAGCGGUGAAGAAGCUGUGGGGCAAACAUAAGGAGAAUAUCAGACGAAGAAGAGGGGUUUUAGCUGAGGUGGACGUAUUGGGAAACGUGAGGCAUAGGAAUAUAGUGAGAUUGUUAGGGUGCUGCAGCAACAGGGAAUGCACAAUGCUACUGUACGAGUACAUGCCAAAUGGAAAUUUAGAAGAUCUAUUGCAUGGUAAAAAUAAGGGAGAAAAUUUAGUGGCAGAUUGGUUCACAAGGCAUAAGAUAGCACUAGGAGUGGCUCAAGGGAUAUGCUAUCUUCACCAUGACUGUGAUCCUGUCAUCGUGCAUCGCGAUCUGAAGCCUAGUAAUAUUCUGUUGGACGGUGAGAUGGAGGCUAGAGUGGCGGAUUUUGGGGUUGCCAAAUUGAUACAAAGCGACGAGUCAAUGUCUGUAAUUGCCGGAUCUUAUGGUUACAUUGCCCCUGAAUAUGCGUAUACGCUACAGGUUGAUGAGAAGAGUGAUAUUUAUAGCUACGGAGUGGUGUUAAUGGAGAUUAUUUGUGGUAAAAGAUCAGUUGAUGCUGAGUUUGGGGACGGUAAUAGCAUCGUGGAUUGGGUAAGGUCUAAGAUAAAGAGUAAAGAUGGUGUUCAUAACAUUUUGGACAAGAAUGCAGGAGCAUCAAUAGCAUCCGUCAGGGAAGAAAUGAUGCAAAUGCUUAGAAUUGCACUUUUAUGCACUAGCCGGAAUCCGGCAGACCGGCCAUCCAUGAGGGAUGUUGUAUUGAUGCUGCAAGAAGCUAAGCCCAAGAGGAAAUUGCCAGGAAGUGUAGUUAGUGUUGGAGGAGGUGAUGACUUAAUUACUGCUGGUGCACAAAAGCCUACCGUGGAAUGUUAAUAUGAUCAAUUUUACUUUACUGGCUUCACCUUCUUCUUCUCUUUUU